AAAAUAAUAACAAAGCCCCCCCAAAAAUUAAAAAAGAUGACAGACUGAAUAUCCAUGGCGCCAGAGAAGCUGUAAUCUCAUCAGAAUUGAAUAAUUUAACAGAAGAAUAACUGAAGAUUUUAUUAUUCACCUUAGAAAAUCAACAGGUUUAAAUGGCAUCAAAGUCCAGUUAUUCCAUGGGUGUGCAGUUGACUAGCAGGAACAUACUUACACUUGAAGAGCUUGAACUAUACGAACUCUGUCAGCUGGCAGGAAUUAACAUGGAACAAGCCACAUUCAAAAUAAUCCUAGAUCUCCUAAAGAUGAAUGUCUCACCACAGGCCGUGUUACAAAUGCUAAAGACAAUGUGUGCGGGUAAAAUGCGAGCCAACAGGGGUCCGGAGGAUGGGGGCGUGGCACACGAGGCAGAAAACAUGCCCCCUCCCAAGCAGAGGCAGCCCCCAAAGAUAAGACAGCCUAGCGCUGGUAGCUCACGGAGGUCAGAACCAAAAAGAUAGAGCUGCAAAUAUGUGUUCCAUGUCUGAAGAUGUUUUAUUUAGAUUUUUAGUAUCAUCAUUUUAAGAUUUUUUCCCUUUAUAUACAAAUGUAUUUAAUUAUUACUAAAACUUCUUUUAAAAUAUGAUAAUGAAGUAUUUAUUGUUGUGUAUGUAACUUCCAGGUUAUCUGUUCAAUGAUGCUUUGUUAAAAAAUGUUGCUUUGUAUUACAUCUCUGUUGUAUUUCUUUAACAAUGAGUCAAUUUUAUUUAUCAUUGUUUAAAAUACAUGUAUACUGAAGCUUU